AUGAUGGAGGCGAAAAAGAGAGCAGCUCAAAUGGCAAGCGAAGAAGAAGUCGCUGAAAACCUUCUCUUUGACUCUACUGACUCUACAAAUCCCUAUCUUCUUCACGAUACCUUCCCAGAAAAAUCCGAGGCUUCUGAAAUUUUCCUCUAUGAUUUCCAGCCCUCUGAAAUCCUCGAAUACUCCGAAGAACGAGAAUACGACUUGGAGUACGAAGAAUCCGAAGAGUCUGAAAUUCCCGAGAAAAACACUCGAGCGACGCUUUUUGUGAGAUCUUUUGACAUGCCAGAGGAUCAGUUCUCGAUGAUCAGCGAGAGCAACGAGUUCAUGAAUCUUGUUGAUGACACUUUUGUGGCUGAAGAAAACCCGGCUUCUUUCUUGAAUGAAAUUUUGAGCGAAGAUGAGGAGCUGGCUCAAUCGAAUUUUAGAGUGGAGGAAGAAGAGUACGAGGAGUACGAUUAUGAGUAUGAUGCGAAGGAGGUUGAUUUUGCAACGUUUCUGGCUGAAAAAACGGCGCCUCCGCCGACGAAAGCACCAGCACUCGUGAUCAACGAUUUCAACUGGGAUGCGAGAGCCGAUGACAAUGGCGACUCUGAAUUCCAAAGCGACGAUGAAGACGAAAGUAAUAGGACGCUUAUUUUCGACUUACCUGAACACCAGCCAGUUCCAUCAGAGACACCACUAGAGCCCUCCGGACUGACACUUACUAGCGAAUGGGAAUUGUCUUUUCAAAUGAAUAAGGGAGGUGGGCUACCUACUUCUUGGGUCAAUUUCGUGGAAAUAACAGGACAAGACGGAGCAUUUUUACUUUCAGUCUGGAAAAGCUGGGAUACCGAAACUCUAGAAGAAAGCUUCGUCACUUGUUAUAUCAAUGAAUGCCGUCAAGCAGCAAUCCCAGCUGAGAAUUCAGUCAAUUAUCGCUACAGACAGACCAUAAACUCGCAGGGAGAAUCGAUUGGUAUAAUUUUCGUAAAUCACAUUGAAGUUGAUAGAACAAGUGAGACGAUCGUAACGACCUUGGAAGGGGCAAAAAUUUAUUCGACUCGAAGUGGCUACAGACCUUUUGACGGGCUGAUAAGGCAUUUGAAGCUUUAUACCAUCGAUGGUCCUCCGCCUCCCGAAACACCAGGAAUCUUGGUUGCCCAAAAUCAGCAGCUUCAGCGAGUAGAUAGCGUCCAGCAAACAUGGGAAAUGAGUUUUGACCUGAGACAAGACUCAGCUCCUCUCAGCGAAACCGCCAACAUUAUCGACAUCGUUUCCAUCCCAAGUUACGUAAGCACCAUGUUCUCAGUCUGGCAGACAGGCAGUGAUGGAUCGAUUCAAAUUUGCACUGCUUCUCAAUGCCUUGGGACAAAAUACACGAUAAGCUCGGAUUACUCGACGAGAUUUACUCUGAAAACAAAGUUUGUCGGUCAACAGCUUUUCCUGAUCGUUGAAGUUGAGGGAGAAGAAAGGGAUCGAGUGCAGUUCGACGCAAAUGUCGGGACAAUCGCGAUCAUGGCAACAUCCCAUUUCGCCCCAGCCCCUGUCCGAAUUCUCAAUGAUUUCUUCGUACCCAGUGUUCCGUUGACUCCGAAUCCUUGUUUGGAACAACCAUGUUUAUACGGAGCGCCUUGUAUUGAACUCGAAGAUGAUUAUAGAUGCGGGUGCCCGAGAGAUUUUGAUGGAAAGAACUGCGAAGUAACCCCUUGCGAUUCCAUCGGAGAUGAUAUGUGUAAUUCCAAAGGCAAAUGCAACUUCGUUCUUACUGAAGAAAGCUAUUAUACCGAGUGCUUGUGCGAUCCUGGCUACUUUGGACCGUUUUGCCAGACUUCUCCUUGCGAGCGCUUUCCCUGUUUUAAUGGAGGAACAUGCUCAAACAAUGAUACAUUUGGAACCGCAGAUUGUGACUGCCCCGGGUUCUACUCAGGAAAGCGUUGCGAGCAAGAUGCCUGCUUUGACGAGCCUUGCGAAGUUGGAGCGGUUAUGUGCGUCCAUAAUGAGGAGAGAGAAAAUGGAUUCGAGUGCCGUUGCGCGGAGAAUUAUAACGGUGAACUUUGCGAAAUAACACCUUGCUCAGAUUAUCCAUGUCAGAAUGGCGGAAGCUGUUCUUUAGACAUGGACGAAAACAACAUUCCCACCGGCGGAUUUAACUGCUCCUGCAUCAACAACUAUUCCGGCGUCGUAUGUGAGCGCUCUCCCUGCGACAGCGCCUUGAAUCCUUGCAAUGGGCAAACAUGCAUCAUGGACGGCGGCGCCCCUCGAUGCAGCUGUGACCCUCCCUAUAUAGGGGAUUUUUGUGAGGAGACAGUUUGCCACUUGAAUCCUUGCGGGACAUCUGGGAAAUGUUAUAUUAUGGAAGAUAAUUCGUAUAAAUGCCAGUGUGAUGAUGGAUUUUCGGGAAUUCAUUGCGAGAUCGAUGCUUGCUCUAGCUCGCCUUGUGAGAAUGGUGGCAGUUGUACUGUCAUUCAGGGAGGAUACAUCUGCUCCUGCAAGCCUGGUUUUUCCGGGCCAAACUGCGAGAACUCCCCUUGCGACACGGGACUGUUGACCUGCGCCAACUUGGGUGUCUGUGGAAUCAACGAAGAUAACCUGCCGCAGUGCUACUGUCGACCUGGAACUGUGGGAAUUUACUGCCAGAAUACUCUUUGCGAUCUUGACCCAUGUCUGAAUGAAGGAGAGUGCGAAGAUCUGGAAGGAGGAGAGUACAAGUGUCAUUGCCCAGAUGGCUACACCGGAGAAAAUUGCGAGAUUACUCCUUGUUCAAAGAAUAAUUGCCGGAAUGGUUCUCAAUGUCUUAUCUCCGGAAGCUCUUACACCUGCGAUUGCUUGCCAAACUAUAGCGGUGAUUACUGCGAUAUCGAUCCCUGCCACGACUCGCCCUGCAAGUACGGAACUUGCAAAGUUGAUGGAACAGACACCUAUUGCGACUGCCCAGAAGAUCUAAAAGGGUUGUUUUGUGAAAUUGACCCUUGCUUGGGGAAGAGCUGCGAAAAUGGGGGAAUUUGCGUUUUUGACUCGGAGAAUUUAGCAGCAAAAUGCCAUUGUGCCAGUGGAUUUGAAGGGGAUAACUGCCACAUACACCAGGCCUGUUCAACCCAGCCCUGCGAAAAUGACGGCGAAUGUGUCCCAAAAGGCGUUCAUUUUGUCUGCUCCUGUCAAAACCCAUUCGUCACUGGAGAUUUGUGCGAAAACAGCCCUUGUAACGACUCUCCUUGUUUGAAUGAUGGAGAGUGUCUGUUGGAGGCGAAAAGUGUAACUGGGUUCAUUUGCGACUGCGAAGAGGGUUUUUACGGGGCGCGAUGCGAAAAUGAUCCCUGCACUAGAAAUCCGUGUCAUUUGGAUCAGACUUGUGUUGUUCAGCAGAAAACAGAAGAAAACCAAAGCCAAACUUCGUGCAUCUGCGAUCCUGGUUUCUCCGGCUCUUUCUGCCAAAACUCCGUCUGCGACUCUCAGAUCUGCCUAAACGGAGGCCAUUGUUCAAUCGAAGAAGGAGAAGCCAGCUGCACCUGCCAAGCUGGUUUUUUCGGAAACAACUGCGAACUAACCACUUGCUCUGACAACCCCUGUUUCUACGUUUCCAGUGACAAAUGCGUCCCCGGGGUCGAUUCGUACGUCUGUCUCUGCCCAGAAGGCUUUGGAGGGGAAAAAUGCGAAGUCUCUCCUUGUGAAGAAAAUCCAUGCGUCAAUGGCGGAACUUGUUCGCUGACAAAUGAUUUGCGUGUUUCUUGCUCUUGCAAAGACGGUUUCAAUGGGGAGUUCUGCCAAUUAGACAUUUGCCACCCGAAUCCGUGCAUCAACAAUGGUCUUUGCGAUCCAACCAGUGCUGAUGAAUUCGAGUGCCGAUGCCCAACUGGUUAUUCUGGUAAGUUUUGCCAAAUCGAUUCCUGCCAAGGAAACGAAUGCGAAAAUGGAUCAACUUGCUUUCCUCAUCAAACAGGCUACACCUGCCAAUGCGAAAUCGGCUUCUACGGUGAAAAGUGCCAGUUCGAUUCUUGCUCGACUUAUCCAUGUCUGUAUAAAGCUACUUGUACUGCAGACAGUACAGGUUUUACUUGCAGCUGUCCGGAUGGCUUUUCUGGUGAUAUUUGCCAAACAACUCCGUGUGAAAAUUCUCCUUGUCAGAAUAACGGCACUUGUUCCAUCAUCGAUCAGGACUUUUACUGCGACUGUCCCGAGGGCUUCAGCGGCAGGUACUGCCUCGAAGGGGUGUGCAGCGAAGACCCAUGCUUGUACGAAGGAAAGUGUAUUGGAAACGGAGACGAUUUUAAGUGCGAAUGUAAAGAUGGAUAUUCCGGGGAAAGAUGCGAAGUUACUCCUUGUGACGAACAUGCAUGUUUGAACGAUGGAUUCUGCUCCCUAUCGAGUGAUUUUGAGAAGGGAUACGAAUGCUCCUGCAUUGGCUGGCUCGGAGAAUUCUGCGAGAUCAACCCUUGCGACGAAAAUCCAUGUCUAAAUGGAGCAGAAUGCGUUCAAAUUCCUCAAGCGCCUGGUUAUCAAUGCGAUUGUUCUGGGCUUUUUGAAGUUUCAGGCGAGCACUGUGAAGUAACUCCUUGCAAUACUGAAGAGACAAUACAAUACAGCUGCUUCAACGAUGGAGUUUGCUCGAUUCAGGGCGGAUUUCCAACUUGCAUUUGUCAAGAGGGCUUUUACGGACAGUUCUGCGAGUUUACUCCUUGUUCCGAUAACAAAUGCCAAAAUGGCGGGACCUGCCAUGUCGUGGCGAGAAAUGAAACCAACCCGGCUCUCUUGGAAGACGACCAGCUUUUUGAACCACCGCAAUUUUACGAGUGCGAAUGUGCACCGGGUUUCCAUGGACCCGACUGUGUUUACGACGCUUGUACUGAUAUCCAAUGCGAAAACGGCGGAUUUUGCUUGGUUUUUGGCUUGAUUGGAUAUUGCGAGUGCCCAGAUGGCUAUUUCGGCUCACGCUGCGAGGAAAAUCAUUGCUCGGACGAUCCAUGCGGUGAUGAUGGAACCUGCGUGCCGCUUGUUAACGGAUUCGAGUGUGACUGCAACGAGGGCUUUUCCGGAGCACUGUGUCAUAUUACCCCUUGUGAUUCGCUGCUUGAAGGGUGCAAUCAACGAGGAAAAUGCAAAAAAGAAGGUGAAGGGUCUGGCGAUGGAAUCGAAAGCGAGUAUUUUUGCGACUGCGCAGAUGGGUAUUCCGGAGAAGUCUGCGAAGUAACCCCUUGCGACUCGGACGAGGGCAAUAAUUGCGUCAAUGGAAAAUGCGAACUCAUUGGCGACUUGAAAAGGGAAUCGAUCGACAUUGAAAUGGGCAAGGAGAUUUUGACAAUUUCCGAACUGACACUUGAUUGGAAAAUGAGCUUCGUUUAUAAAAGCUUUGAACUUCCUCAGGAUCAAAAAUUCAUUUUGGAAGUCGUUUUUGAUGGAAGAAGAAUCGAAGUUCUGGAUAAAGAAGAUUUUGUAAGUGAAGCAUCUGGAUCGCUGCUGACGAUUUCAGAAGACCCGGACUCGGUUGACUUUUGGCUCUGUACGAUUUUGAAGUGUGAGCGCGGUUCUGGCUCAAUUUUGCAAUCCAAAAUAAGUUUUGAAAAGACCGGAGGGACGAAAUUCGACAUCAUCGCCAGAUCAGAUCAGAUUCUAGUGACGAUCGAUGGAAAGGAAUACCUCAGACACACAGUAAAACUUCCCGGAAACAAGAUUUUCUACCAAAACUUUUCCGUCAAAACCGUCUCUGAGUCGAAAUCGCCGGCUUCUGGAAACAUCAAAAACUUUCAUUUCAAAGCGACUGAGACUCUUAGCGAUACAUCUUGCUUCUGUCCUCCCGGCUUUACUGGCAGCUACUGUGAGAUAACUGUAUGCGAGUCUUUUGACUGUAAUGGCGAAAAUGGCGAGUGCUUUGUUGAUGAAAAUGGAGAGCCUGGUUGCAAAUGCAUUGGGAAUUUCCACGGUAGUCGCUGUGAAAUUGAUCUUUGUGCAAACGACCCUUGCGAGAAUGGAGGAAUCUGUUCGAAAAACAACUUGAAUGAGCAGAUUUGCACUUGCAGCGAAGGCUUUCUCGGAGAUUUCUGUGAAAAGACCGUCUGUGACCUUUUUGAAAAUUACUGCCAAAAUGAUGGAACUUGUUUUAUCGAUGCUGAUCGCGUUGCUCAGUGCCUUUGUCCUCCAGGAAUCACUCAUGGAGAGGAAAACAGGUGCGAAAUUUCGCCAUGCAACGCAGGCCCCUGUGGCCAAAACGGUCUCUGUACUCCGAUCUCCGAAAACUCCGUCAGUUGUGAAUGCAUAAACGAGUAUUCCGGAGAGUUCUGCGACCAGAGCCCUUGCGACUUGAACCCCUGUUUCAACGACGGAACAUGCGAAGUCCUCGCUGGAAAACGCGUCUGCACCUGCGCGAUGGGUUUUCUUGGCGAUUACUGCGAAAAAUCCAUUUGCGAAAACAUCGAGUGCGAAAACAACGCGUCCUGCUCGAUUGAAGAUGGAAAUUUCAAGUGCAAUUGCUUGCCCGGCUUUUCUGGCGUCAAAUGCUCAAUUCGACUUUGCGAUGAUUCAAUGUGCCUCAACGGCGGAAAGUGCAACAUCGACGAUGACGAAAAUCCUUUCUGCGAAUGCCCAACUGGUUUUACUGGGAAUUUUUGCGAGGGAACUCCUUGCGAAGGGGAUGACAAAAUCGAAUGCGCAAAUGGCGGACAGUGCCAUUUUUCCGAUAGCGAGGUGAAAUGCUCUUGCCAAGCGGGAAUAAGUGGUCUUUUUUGCGAAAUAACACCCUGUUCAACCAACCCUUGCGGCGCUGGAAAAUGUCAUCUGACAACAAACCAGCUCAACGAAGCUGUAACUGAGUACGGUUUCGUCUGCGAAUGUCCAAGCGGAUUUUCCGGGCCGCACUGCGAAAUCACCCCCUGCUCGAGCAACCCUUGCCAUCACGGUUCAUGUGAAAUCAUAGACGACUCCUUCGCCUGCCUCUGUCCAAGUUCUUUUAUCGGAAAAUUGUGUGAAAUUUCUUUGUGCGAGUUGAACAGCUACUGCAAAAACGGCGGCACUUGCCAGGCUGAUUCCACUGCUGAGGAGGGUUUUGUCUGUUUAUGCAAUGAAGGAACUUCUGGAAAAUACUGCGAAGAGAAUGCGGCGGAAAAAAUCUGCGCCGAAGACCCGCUUUUCUGCGAGCGCGGCUGGUGCUCGGUCGAAAACGGGGAAAAGAAAUGCGCUUGUCACGCGGGCUGGCACGGAGAAAACUGCGAAAGAAGCCCAUGCCAACAGGCUGACUCUGAGGUCAAUAUUUGCAAUGGUGGAAAAUGCUUUUUCGAGAUGAUGGGAGGGGGCUCUUAUUUCAAUCAAUUUUGCAGAUGCCGAGGAAAAGGACGAGGGGAAUUCUGCGAGUUCGAUAUUUGCGCGAUUAAUGAUUGCCCGAGGAACUCAGUUUGUGUGCCCAAAGCAAGUCGGGUGACAGAGUCGAAUGAAAUUAUUGAAAUCACGGUGGAAAACAAAAUGUUCAUUGUGGAGGCUAACGACUCUUACGAUGACUCAUACAGUUACUCAGACUAUGAUUCAUACAAUGAGUCAUUGUAUUAUGACUCGUAUUAUGACUCAUACGAUGACUCAUACACAUACGAGGACUUUAUCAUCUCCCGCGAGCUUGGAAUCAAUUCUAAACUCUUCGAAAACAACUCGAAAAAGCGCUAUACCUGCGAAUGCCUCCCUGGUUUUUACGGCCACACUUGUCAAAAAUCUGUCUGCAAUCCGAAUCCCUGCGAAAACAGAGGCAAUUGUAUACCGAAAAAGGCAAUGAAGGAUCGAGGGUCAACAACGGCUUCGGACAUGACUUUUGAAUGCGAUUGUUUCACUGGCUUUACCGGGCAAAAGUGCCAGAACAAUGUUUGUUCCGAUGUUGCUUGUCUGAACGGAGGCGAGUGUAGAAUCAGUGGCAUCGACUGGGCCGCGAUCUUCGGAGGAGAGGAAGAAUCGAGCGGGGAUGGAAACGACCCGAACGAUCCGGGAAUCACCGGUCGUCCCUUUUGUACCUGCCCGGAUCACUUCCACGGCGUUCUCUGCGAACAAAGCAUCUGCACCGACGAGUCUCCCUGCCUCAACAAUGGCAAAUGCGUCCCCACCUCCACGGGCGGCUUCACCUGCCACUGCGCAGCUGGAUUCAGCGGAGUCAACUGUGGAAUCGACCCCUGCGCUGGGUUUGAAAAUUGCGGAGCGAAUGGAAAAUGCGUUGUUCGAUUUACGAAAAAUGGAGCUUUGCCGAAAUGCGAAUGCGAUCAUGGAUGGAAAGGCGAAUUUUGUGAGGAGGAAAACUGCUUUGAGAAGUGCAAAUUUGGAUUUUGUAGAGAUCCGACUCUUCCACAAGGAACCGUGGCGAACACUUGUCUCUGCGAAAUCGACUGGGUCGGAGAGUGGUGCGAUAUUCCCAAAAAUGGCUGCAAUUACGGAGAAUGCGGCCCAGGAACAUGCAUUGACAACCUUUGCGAAUGUCCUCAGGGCUUUUUUGGCGAAAAAUGCGAGCUUUCAAUCUGCGAUGAUGCCUGCGAAAAUGGCGGAAGCUGUGAAAUCAUCACAAAUUCAAUCGGCCCGGCAAGUUAUCAAUGCUUUUGUCCCGACUUUGCAACUGGUGCCAAUUGCGUACUAACUCCCUGCGAUUCUAGCGACCCUUGCAAAAACGGCGGAAAAUGCCAGCUCGAUGAAAGCGGGUCUAUUACUUGCGAGUGUCCGGAUGCUUGGGAAGGUGAUUUUUGCGAAAAGAAAAAAGUGCAAAGUUUGUGCUUCGAAAGCGCGCUGAAAGGGCUGAAAAAACCGGGCGUUUGUAAUUUCCAGCCAAUUUGUCAAGACGAUCCGAUGAUGGAAGAUUUCGUCCAGAUAAAUGUCGUUAACAGUGGCUUCAGUAUCGGACUUGAUCCGGCAAAAAUACACAACUGGUCACUGAAUAUUCGAAUCGAAACCUUCCAAAAAUCGACUCUGAAUGUCUCCAUUCUUGGGCCUGGAAGAAUUGCUCAUUUCAUCAAGAAAACACCAAGACAGUAUAUCUACGAUUUCAACAUUGAGCCGGAGAAAAGUGUCGAUAAUGAUUUGAUGAUUUAUGUCGCUGGCAUUGGCGCCGAGGCACUCAAAGAGGCUCGUUUCUUUUUGUUCCCGGAUAAGGAAGAGUACAGAAGCUGUUUCCCGGACGUCGAUUGGGCAGAAAACUUCAAUCGAGUUGAAAAAGUCCUGACGAGGAUGAGCACUUUUGAUCGAAAAGAGAGCUCGAGCAAAGAAAGAGCGAAAAGUGAGGAACGAUCUUGGAGAAGUCAGUCUGCUAGAACCUUUGGCAUCAAAUCGAGCCUUGAAAAGCGCCUUGCAAAUCUUCGGAUUCCUGUGAAAAACAACGAAGAACUGGACAUCCGAAAACGCAGUCGAAACAGCGUCAAAGCUACCGAAGACAACAUCGCCUCGCUCGACUUGGCCCAGCGACUGCAGCUAAAAGAAAAGAUUCUCCAGCGACUUCAGCUCCAAAAGUGCUCCUUCGAUCAUUCUCUUCAGAAGAGCUGUCACAAAUUCUCGACAGCUGCUGACACCAGCAUUCAAUACUGCAGCACCAGGGCCCCGUGUGAUCCUUUUUUACCCGAGUGCGAGAUUUCCGGCAGCGAGUUUUGGCCAAAAAAGAUUCAAGAUGGUCUUCAGCCUCGACCGACCAAAAUUAAUCAUCAAAGAUGGAAGUUUGGCUUUACCGACAUGCUAAGAUGUCCUGAUGGCCUUGCCCGAUUCCAGAUUUUUCUAGAGUCAGAAUAUGCUGCGGAAAAUCUUGCGUUUUAUCUUCAAACGCGUCGUUUUAAAUUUGGUCCGACAGGGAGAAUGCUCAAUGUUGCGAAGGCGAUUUUCGAGCGAUUCCUGGCGGAAGACUGCGUAGAACCAGUAAAUCUGCCGCACACGAUCCAGCGCAAAAUCGAGGAGUCGGUGAAUAAUGGAGAAGUGAACAGAUUUAUCUUCGACGACGCGUCAAAGCAUAUCUUGGCGCUGAUAAGAAGGGACUCGUACAAGCGGUUUCUUGCGUCGAAAAUUUACAACGAAACUAUUUAA